AUGAAGCGCCUAACCAUUCUCUUUGCUGUUCUCACUCUCUCAGAAUGUCUCGUUCAGGUUCCAUUGGAGAGAGGGAAGAAAAUGAGAGACAUUCUCAUGGAGAAGAAUUUGCUCAAAGGUCUUCUUCAGAAACACCCUUAUGACAUUGGUACCAAAUAUCAUUUGUCUAACGCUGCCCAAUUUGCUGACGAACCACUUAUGAACUACUUAGAUACAGAAUACUAUGGCACAAUCUACAUUGGAACCCCACCACAGGAAUUCACUGUUGUGUUUGACACUGGAUCAUCCAAUCUCUGGGUGCCCUCUACCUACUGCCAAAGUUCAGCAUGUCAAAAUCAUAACACGUUUAAUCCAUCUCAGUCUUCUACCUACCGGAGCACGCAACAGACUAUAUCAAUUCAAUAUGGCACAGGAAGCAUGAAAGGCCUGUUGGGAUACGAUACAGUGACGGUGUCUGGACUUGCCGAUACCAAUCAGCCAUUUGGCUUGAGCACCUAUGAGCCUGGGCUCAUCUUCACAUAUUCUAAAUUUGAUGGGAUCUUGGGCUUGGGCUACCCCACCAUUGCUGUUGACCAAGCAACACCCGUCUUUGAUAACUUGGUGAAUGAAGGCUUGGUGCAGCAAAACCUGUUUUCUGUUUAUCUCAGCCGAAAAGCAACUGGGAGCAUGAUCACUUUUGGUGGAAUUGAUCAAUCUCGCUAUACUGGUUCUAUUCAGUGGAUCCCUGUCACUCGUCAAGGUUACUGGCAGAUUGCAAUGGACAGUGUUAUAGUGAAUGGCCAGAAGAUUGCCUGCUCUGGUGGCUGUCAAGCAAUUGUUGACACAGGUACCUCCCUCUUGGCUGGCCCACCGACUGCCAUAAACAACAUCCAAAAUGCCAUUGGAGCUACUGCAGGGCAGUAUGGCCAGUAUACAAUCAACUGCAGUAACCUUCCCAAUAUGCCUGAUGUUGUGUUUGUGAUCAAUGGACACCACUUCCACCUGCCGCCGUCAGCCUAUACACUCCAGUCAAAUGGAGGAUCUUGCAGAAGUGGUUUCCAAGCCAUGGGUGGGGAUCUCUGGAUCCUAGGAGAUGUGUUCAUAAGAGAAUACUACAGCAUUUUUGACAGGGCAAACAACCAAGUUGGACUGGCAAAGGCAAUCUAGAAUAAUUGUAUGCACCAUCAAA